GAGCUCCUUCUUCCCUGCCACUUCAGAGAGACCAGCCCACAGCAGCUGCCUGAACCAUGAAGCUGGUGAUGGUCCUUAUGCUGACUGCUCUCCCCCUUUACUGCUAUGCAGGGAUUGGCUGCGAUAUUAUAGAAAAUCUCAUGGAUAUGACCAUUGAUCCUGAUGUGGAUGUGGCUGAAUACAUGGAUAAAAUUCAAGGGUUCUUACCAGAUGAAGAAACCAAAAAGGACAUCAUGUUCAUGAAGCAAUGCUUUUUCCAGCAGAGCAGAGAAACUCUGGAGGAUGUCUCAGAGAUGAAGCAAGCAAUACUCGGUAGCUCUUGGUGUGAUCAGUACUAACUUCCACACGACCUGGAGAUUGUCCCAAAACUGACUAUUCACAGGUAGAAGCCACAGCUGAGCUUUCCUUCUUCAUCUUUGUAUCUACAAAUGCAAGACAAUUGU